AUGUUUUACACUCAAGUUUUGGAGGAGGAGAGGAGGAGAGGAGAGAGGGAGGAGAGGAGGAGGAGGAGGAGAGGAGGAGAGGAAGAGGAGGAGGAGGAGGAGGAGGAGAGAGGAGGAGGAGGAGGAGGAGGAGGAGGAGGAGGAGGAGAGAGGAGGAGGAGGAGGAGGAGGAGGAGGAGGAGGAGGAGGAGGAGGAGGAGGAGGAGGAGAGGAGGAGGAGGAGGAGGAGGAGGAGGAGGAGGAGGAGGAGGGAGAGGAGGAGGAGGAGGAGGAGAGGAGGAGGAGGAGGAGGAGGAGGAGGAGGAGGAGGAGGAGGAGGAGGAGGAGGAGGAGGAGGAGGAGGAGGAGGAGGAGGGAGGAGGAGGAGAGGAGGAGGAGGAGGAGGAGGAGGAGGAGGAGUCACACCCAAGGUACAGCCAGAAGGGUAAAAAGAAGGGACAGGUGUCAGCAGGACCAUGGAGAGCACCCAGAAAGCCCAGUGGCUCUGCUCCAGGACAGCAGGCGGCAGAAAGACUGUACAUGACUCAUGGCCAAGCAGCUCAGGACCCUGAAGCAAACAGAGUCAGUGAGUGUGUUUGCCUCAGACUGGCCAAAGAGUUUGAUCAGGCACGCAACAGGCCAAAGGACGUAAAGGGCAAGACCAUGCCCAUCCCACAGUCCAUCGUCAGCGUCUACAGCCACCUCAGACAGCUGCUGGAGGACAGCAGGGUGGUCCUGGGUCAGACCAACGUGGUGCUGGUACCAGUCAACAACACCACUGUCUCCUCAUGGCUGCUCAGGAGGGACAAGAGGAAGGACAGGGACAUGCUUCUGCAGGGCACUGUUCUUCCAAAACAGCUGCACCAGGCCAAGGAGCCUCUGCCUUCAGUGAGCACUCUCCCUGCUGCCCCUGAACCACAUGCUCAGGAGAUGACUUUUGAAGAGCCUGAGAAUCGUGAGGGAGAAGCUUUCCCCCGCCAGCGAAAUGUUGCAGGACCCAGCCAACCUGUGCCUCAUCCACCACCUCCCACUUUCCCUUCACAAUAUGGACCAGCUCCUCCUCUCCAGCAAGCUCCUCAUUUACAUUACCCACCUCCAUUUCCCCAUGUUCCUCCACAUCUGCACCCCCAAUACCCUUAUCCUCCUCCAUUCCCCCAUGCUCCACCUUUUCAAUAUGCUCCUCCACUUCCACAAGCUCCUCCACUCCCCCAUGCUCCUCCGUGUCCCGAGGCUCCUCCGCUGCAGCAGCCUCCAGCAGGCCUUCCCUCUCAGCCAAGGCAGCGUGCAUGGAGGCUGAAUAAAGCUGCCCAGGAGGAUGAGGAGCGAGCAUUAAGGGGCGAACCACCGAAGAAGAGGUUGGCCAAAGAAAAGUACCACUACACCUGCAAGCAGUGUGGUGAGAACAAGAGCAAGACCACAGGACACACGCAGGUGAAGGGGCGGUGGUACUGUCCGGCCUCAGGUCUGACCCUGGAAGACUGGAGGAGGAGCCUCAACUGA